UGACAUAAGGUUUGACACGUUUGACAACAACUACAACAACCAACAACAGUGAAAAUAAGUGAAAAAGAUUGGAAUUCUUAAAUUUGCUAAUUAGUUAUAACUUGGUAAUUAUAGAGUUAAUUACAGUUCUAUUACAAAUAGCUAAAUAAGUGUAUAAGGACAAUAAGGCUUAAUAUCUUAUUUAAAUUUGCCAGCAAAACUUCGGUAAAGUUUUAAUAAUACCUAACAGAAUAGAAAGUCAAAUAAAAACUGUAGACAGUACAAUGUCUGACUUGAGUUUUGAUGGAAAAGUUGCUAUUGUUACUGGAGCAGGAGCAGGACUUGGCAGAGCAUAUGCCCACCUACUAGCAUCACGAGGAGCAAAAGUAGUGGUUAAUGAUUUGGGUGGCGGCCGACAUGGAGAUGGUAGCUCAGCUAAAGCUGCUGAUACUGUUGUUGAAGAAAUUAAAGCUAAUGGAGGUACUGCUGUAGCAGAUUAUAAUUCUGUUGUCGAUGGAGAUAAAAUUGUUCAAACAGCUUUGGAUAAUUUUGGAAGAAUAGAUAUAUUAAUUAACAAUGCUGGAAUUUUAAGAGAUAAAAGCUUUGCAAGAAUUUCUGAUCAGGAUUGGGACUUAGUCCAUGCUGUUCAUUUAAAAGGAAGUUUCAAGACUACCCAAGCUGCAUUUCCUGUAAUGAAGAAACAGGGAUUUGGUCGUAUUAUAAUGACUGCAUCAAAUUCUGGAUUAUAUGGAAAUUUUGGUCAAGCUAAUUAUUCUGCUGCAAAAAUGGGACUAAUAGGACUAGCUAAGACUGUUGCAAUUGAAGGGUUCAAAAAUAAUGUUUUUUGUAAUAUUAUUGUACCUACUGCUGCUAGUAGACUUACAGAAGACAUUUUACCUCCUGAUAUUUUUGAAGCUUUAAAACCAGAAUAUAUAGCUCCAGUUGUUGCCUAUUUAUGUCAUGAUUUAUGCAAUGAAAAUGGUUCAAUUAUUGAAGCAGCUGCAGGAUGGGCUGGUAAAUGUACAAUAUUUCGAGCAAAUGGUAGCCUUUUGAGAUCAUCAGCUACAGAUAAUGUAACUGUUGAGAAAGUCCAUGAAAAUUGGUUAAAAAUCACUGAUCUUACUAGUUCUAGCAGUUUAGGAUCUAUCCAAGAAGCCACAGGUGCCUUAAUUCAGUCUCUAGAAAAUUUAGGUAACACCCAAGGAACAAGUAGUCAAGAAACUACUGGACAAAAUUCUGAAGAAAAUGAUGUCUUUGAAUUUAAUGAAAGAGAUGUUAUACUCUACGCACUAGCAGUUGGCGCUUCUCUAACACAGUCUUCUGAACUCAAAUUUUUAUAUGAAGGACACGAUCAGUUUUCGAUACUACCAACUUUCUAUGUGUUACCUGCUCUUCAGUGCGUAAUGUCUUCUAGCUCUACGACAAAUGCUGUGCCGGGAAAAGAUAUAGAUUUGAGUAAUGUCUUACACGGGGAACAAUAUAUUGAGGUAUUUGAUUUGCCUACUGGAGGACCAUUAACAUCAAAAGCUAAUGUAUCUGAAGUAUUGGACAAGGGAUCAGGAGCGGCAAUAGUUUCAGAUAUUAACUCCUUUGACAAAAAUGGGAAUGUAGUCAUUAAAAAUCAAAUUGUGACUUUCGCCGUAGGAGCUGGAGGAUUUGGUGGUCCAAGAACAGGAACAAAAAUUAUUCCUUGUCGGCCAAAACCAAAGAGAUCGCCAGACGCAUCCAUUUCACAGAAAACUAGCUUAGAUCAGGCUGCACUGUAUCGAUUAACAGGUGACAGAAAUCCACUCCAUAUUGAUCCAAAUAUUGCUCCAUUAGCUGGUUUUGAGAAACCAAUUUUACAUGGUUUGUGCUCAUUAGGCUUUUCAGUUCGUGUUGUACUACAAACUUAUGCUGAUCAUGAUUCAACAUUAUUCAAAGCCUGCAAGGCCAGAUUUACCAAACCUGUCAUCCCUGGACAAACACUCAAAGUUGAUAUGUGGAGAGAAGGCAAUAGAAUUCAUUUUGAAACUGCAGUUGUUGAAACAGGAAAUGUGGUGAUAACAGGCGCUUACGUAGACUUAAAAUCAGUUAAGGCUCUGGUUAAGAUGUCUUCUUCAGAACUGAAAAGCGAUGCUAUAUUCGAAUUUAUUAUUGAAAAAGUCAAAGAAGAUCCCAACAAAGCGAAAUCCAUAGGUGGCGUAUUUUUGUAUAAAAUUACAAAAGAUGGGAAAGAAGCAAAACAGUGGACAAUGGAUCUUAAAAACGCCAAAGUUUACGAAGGGGCACCUGAAGGAAAACCCAGCACUACAUUGACAGUUUCAGACGAAGACUUCUUGUUGUUGGCCGAAGGCAAAUUACAACCCCAACAGGCAUUUAUGAAGGGUAAAUUGAAAAUCACUGGAAAUAUUAUGUUGGCCCAGAAACUAGCUCCUCUUUUAAGGACUACUGCGAAACUUUAAUUAUUGUUAAUCUAUAGCCACGGUGACUGGUUUUUAUUUUGUUAUAUUUUAAGGUGGAUUUAAUAGAUAUAUAUUUUAAAUAAAAAAAAACAAAAAUAUC